AUGCGACGACUGCAGGACGUGUACUUCCCAAUCCUACUCGCAUGCGUUACUCUCAGCAUGACCGCCAUGACCGUGCUAUCAAAAGCCCCUCCGACGAACACAUCAAUAACGGCUGCAUUCGCAGGCUUCUUUCUCUCUGCAUCUGCGAUCACAACACCCUUCAUCGCAAUCAUCACAGUCAUGCUCUCGUUCGCAUCUGGUGGCACUGGCGAUUCCCCUAGCUCUGGUCGAGUCAUUGCAUGGAUCCCGGUUUUUCUCCUAGAUUGUGCGUUCGUUCAGCUGAUUAUCGGAGCGGCUUUGUUUUUUGCGGAAACACAAGCGUGGCAGUUUGCCACUAUCAUCUGCCUGUGGGCUGGGUUAUUAUUCCUGGCGACCGUGGGUACAGCUGGAUGGAUUGCCGUGGAAACCAGAUCGUUCAAUAUUUUUGGGCAUGCCAUGAUUGAGCGCAUCGAUACAGAGUGGAGGGUCCCAAAUCAAGUAGCUGAAGAGGCUGUUUGUUACUCAUUGGUUCUUCAUGAUCGGCCAAGUCAAAAUCAGUUAGCAUGUACGCAAGUUCAGUUGCGAAAGCGGCAUUCGCUUCAUGCAAAGUAG